AUGUAUCUAUUUAUCUAUGUGUUAGUCAAUUCAUAUUAUCUAUCUAUCUAUCUAUCUAUCUAUCUAUCUAUCUAUCUAUCUAUCUCAGUUUGUUUAUUUCUAUCUCAGGAAAGGAAAUGUUCAUUGGCGUUGACUUUCCACGCCGAAGAUGUAACGUUUAUCAAAGCCAUUGUUUACGAAAUGUUUCCCGAUCUAUCUAACUACCUAUCUAUCUAUCUCUCCCUUUCUAUUCCUAUCUAUCUAUCUAUCUAUCAUCUAUCUAUCUAUCUAUCUAUCUAUCUAUCUCUCCCUGUCUAUUCCUAUCUAUCUAUCUAUCUAUCUAUCUAUCUAUCUAUCUAUCCAUCUAUCUAUCUCAUUCCCUGUCUAUUCCUAUCUAUCUAUCUAUCUAUCUAUCUAUCUAUCAUCUAUCUAUCCCUGUCUGUUCUAUUUCUAUCUAUCUAUCUAUCUAUCUCUAUCUAUCUAUCUAUCUAUCCCUGUCUGUUUCUCUAUCUAUCUAUCUAUCUCAUUCUGUUCGUAUCUAUCUAUCUAUCUAUCAUCUAUCCCUAUUCAUCUUCUAUCUAUCUAUCCCUGUCUGUUCCUAUCUAUCUAUCUAUCUAUCUAUCUAUCUAUCUAUCUAUCUAUCUAUCUAUCUAUCUAUCUCAGGUCUAUCUAUCGAUCUAUCUCAGUCUUUUCAAUUCUAUCUUUCUGUUUAUCUUUCAGUCGAACGCUAAUUGCCUUGCUACGGUAAGUCACAAGACAUCAUGA